AUGGAAGUAUUCUGGGAAAUCUUGAUGUGCCUCCCUGUCAAAUUCCUGAUGCGAUUCAAGUGUGUCUGCAAACUCUGGCUAUCUAUGAUUCUGAACCCAUCGUUUGCCAGGAUUUAUCGAGGUGGUUUCAAGGGUCUUCUGCUUACCAACAUUCGGUAUGCUAUUAUUGUGGAAAAUAUUCUUGGAUAUAUAAUAUUGCUACCCGAGAAA